AUGAAAGCGGAUAGCCUUAUCGAAUGUGUCCUUGUUUGGAGCUUGACUCCGUUUUUCUAUUCUGUGGCAGUAUUUUUCAGGCUUUAUUUUCUUCCAUUGAUGGUCGUUUUCGUGCCAGAGACUGUGUUUCUUCGGUCCCACUGUCUUAAUACUGACUUCGACCACUGCGCAGAAUCGAGUGAUCCUAGUAGUUUCAAUGAUGAGUUGAAGUCUACCGCAGCUGCUAUUACUACAAUUUCCUCUCUUUCUCCACCCUGGAAUCUUUUGGGUCCGCAUCAAUUGGUAAUAGUUGCGCUAUGCUGGAAAGCUGACCAUGAUCACUAG